AUGGUGCUCUGCCGUGUACGAUUGAACUGCCUGGACCACUACCAAGCCUACCCUGGUCCUCUUGAUCCUCCGCUAUGGGGUGAUCCCUCGUUACUGUCGCAAAGAAACCUCCCUCAAGUUCCCGUAAUUCGCGUCUUCGGCGCAACAGAGACUGGUCAGAAGAUAUGCCUACACAUCCACGGCGCAUUCCCGUAUCUCUACAUCGAAUACCCCGGCCCCAUUGAUCGUGUCUCCGUCGACGAGUAUAUCGCAACCCUCCGAGUAUCAACCGACCAUGCCUUAGCAGUGUCGUACAGAAGAAACACGGCAGAUGCCAAAGCUGUCUUCGUCGCCCAUAUCAGCCUUGUCAAAGGUGUUCCAUACUUUGGCUAUCAUGUCGGCUACAAGUACUUCCUCAAAAUCUACCUUCUCAACCCUUCCAACAUGACUCGUCUGUCCGAUCUACUGCAUCAAGGCGCCAUCUUGAAGCAAGUUUUCCAGCCCUACGAGAGCCAUCUGCAGUUCCUUGCUCAAUGGAUGUGCGAUUUCAAUCUUUACGGCUGCAACUAUAUCGACACCGACAACCCCUUCUUUCGCGAUCCCGUACCGGACGUCCAGGAGCUCGUAAACCCUCACCACGAGUGGCAUGACAGAUCAAUUCCUGAUUCACAGCGUCUGAAUGUGGAUCAGUUUCAACGCCAGAGUCAUUGUAGUGUCGAGAUCGACAUUCGUGUACAGGACAUUCUCAACAGACACGAAGUCAAGGAUAGAUCGUUGCAUCAUGAUUUUGUCGAGCGUCUCAACCAUCUGGCACCAGAAGAAAAGUUCGUGCAGUCUAUGGCUGGAUUGUGGAGGGAUGAGACAAUCAGGAGAAAGAAGCGAAUGGGAAUCACAGAUCCUGGCAGCAGUCCAUUUCCUCCGCAAGUCCUUGUUUCCAUGUCGCAUAACCCACGAAAUACGGAAAAUGGUGGCUGGAUACACGAGGAAGAGUUUCGCAAGCUUGUUGAAGAACUUGCCAAAGACGAACGAGAGAGAAUGGGUGGAAACGCUCCUUCAUUCGAGACCUUUGUCAAGCCUCGCGAGGAAGGAUUUCCCGUGCAAACUACUCUUGAAAGCGUAGAAGAGCUCUUCCACGAGAAGUGGCAGUUUACUUCAACAGAUGCGCCUCAACAUCUCACCCAAAGACUUUCUGAAGGCGGCCUCGAUUCCGAAGACGCAGUUGUCGACGAAUCAAGUAUCCUGCAGUUGAUGGCAGACGAGCAGUCUUAUGAGUCUGAUGAGGAACUGGCUCGCGAGAUAGCUCUAACUCAAGCCAACCAGACCAAACAGAAUAUCGCACCGGAUGUCGAAGCCGAUGAUGAGACUCGACCUGAUGGCGAUGACUACGCUCAACAGUUUCUUGACCCGUUGGACUCCAUGUCCACUGCAUCGCUUCCCCCUACCUCUCAGCCGAAAACAGACGAGCAAUCGCGUGUGCCUGCACCAAUAGCUCCGGCCGUAGAAGCCCAAUCUGGCAAGAAGCGUCAGUUGGCUGACGGAGAGGCAUCUGUCAAACGCCGAAAAGUGGUUGGGUUCACAGAGACCGCUCAAGCCCCGCCUGUCAUGGCGGAUGCUGAGGCUGAUGAGGACAGCGAUCUGCUCCAUGAUCUUCCUCCUGCCUCUACACAGUUGCCAAGCAGUCAGAAUAACAACCAUAGAAGAAUCUCACAGACUUAUCCAGCUGUGAAGAAUCCACAUGACCCAGACUCCGCGCUGCGCCUCAGUCAGAGAGAUGAUGUGCCUGGUCAGAGAAAGACGACGAUACCUGCCAAAUCGAGUCAAUUUCAGCAAAAUGACCUCUCAUCCCCAUCAUUCAGCAGAUCAAGGUACACUGCUAAUGCUACCCCUUCAAGGCAGACUGUCGUUUCUCCAGCUGCGAGGAAGCUAGCAAGUAGUUAUUGCAAGAGCUUCGAACAAAGCGUUAAUGGCGUUGUCGUCUUCUCUCAAGCACCACCCAAACGUGUGGACGUCUCAUCUUCAAUGAUCGAUCAUGGAGCUCCGCCAGUGAUUUAUCAGGACGCAUAUUACAGUGACGAGGUUGAUGUGCCUGAAAGAUCGCGAGAGUAUGCCGGUAAAGAAUUCAAGCUUGAGAGUAACACUGUCCCAUUUCUGCCCGAUUUUGAUCCUACAGGCGAGUCAGAUGCUUCACGAGGAGCCAAAGUUCCGAUAAUCCUCGACAAAGUCAAAGAAGAGCUUGAACAUCAAGCCCGACGGCAAGACUGUUUUCUUCAAAAGUGGGAGAUUGAAACUCGUCCUCCGUCUUUCUCGGAAGUACAGAACUGGCUGCGUGCUAAAUGCCCGACUGUCGAAGAUGCUCCACAAGAAGACGACGGCGAGAUCGACCAUCCUCCUUCUCAGCAAGACUUCUUGAAGCGAAGCAAACAAAUGCUUUCGCAGAUUGAAGGUCCCACCCAAAGAAACAAACAUGGCUUCAAGUUUCCGCAGAAGAAAAAGUCGACGAGUGUGCAGCACGAGGUCCAAUACAUGUCUAUCAUGAGUCUUGAAGUUCACGUCAAUUCUCGAAGUGAUCUUGCGCCUGACCCUGAGCAUGAUGAGAUCUCGUGUGUCAUUUGGUCGUUGAAGGCAGACGAUACUGAUCUUGUUGGAAAUGCCGGACAUGACGACAAAUAUGUUGGAGUGAUCGUGCUGUCCACUGAAGGAGAUCUGACUGAACGUAUGCGCAAGUCAAUCGGCGUGGAUGUCGAGGAAGAAGACAAUGAGCUGGACGUCCUGAAUCGACUGGUCGACAUCGUCCGCGAGUACGAUCCGGAUAUACUUACUGGUUACGAAGUGCACAAUUCAUCGUGGGGCUACCUGAUUGAACGUGCUCGCCUUCAGUACGAGUUCAAUUUGUGCGAGGAACUUUCUCGUGUCAAGUCUCAGUCUCAUGGCCGCUUUGGCAAAGAUGCAGACAAGUGGGGAUUCGAGCAUACAUCAACGAUCCGCAUCACUGGCAGGCACAUGAUCAACAUCUGGCGUGCCAUGAGAGGCGAACUCAACCUGCUACAAUACACCAUGGAGAGUGUUGUAUUCCACCUUCUUCACAAGCGCAUUCCUCACUACUCAUUCGCGGACUUGACAAAAUGGUACAAGAGCUCAAAGCCUCGAGAUCUAGCGAAAGCAUUAGAUUAUCUCAUCACUCGUGUCCAACUCGAUCUCGAAAUACUCGAUGCAAAUGAGCUUGUGCCUCGUACAUCUGAACAAGCACGAUUACUUGGUGUCGACUUUUUCAGCGUCUUUAGUCGAGGCUCACAAUUCAAAGUGGAGUCACUCAUGUUCCGGAUUGCCAAACCAGAAUCUUUCGUCCUUGUUUCUCCUAGUCGAAAGCAAGUUGGUCAACAAAAUGCUCUCGAAUGUUUGCCGCUUGUCAUGGAGCCUCAGAGUGCUUUCUACAACAGCCCACUCCUUGUACUCGACUUUCAGAGUCUGUACCCAAGUGUGAUGAUUGCAUACAACUAUUGCUACUCCACAUGUCUUGGUCGCAUCACUCCAUGGCGAGGUCAAAACAAGAUGGGCUUCACGGACUUCAAGCGUGAUCCUGGUCUGCUUGACCUUGUGAAAGACAAGCUGAAUAUCUCACCAAACGGCAUGAUGUAUGUCAAGCCAGAGAUGCGCAAAUCGUUACUUGCAAAGAUGCUAGGCGAGAUUCUGGAAACCAGAGUCAUGGUCAAGUCAGGCAUGAAAGUGGAUAAGGAUGAUAAAACCCUGCAACAACUCCUCAACAACAGACAACUUGCACUAAAGUUGAUCGCUAAUGUCACCUACGGUUACACAUCUGCGUCCUUCUCCGGUCGUAUGCCAUGUUCAGAGAUUGCUGAUUCAAUCGUCCAGACUGGUAGAGAGACACUCGAGAAAGCCAUCGCACUAAUACACUCGGUCUCCAGAUGGGGCGCUGAAGUCGUCUAUGGCGAUACAGAUUCACUCUUCGUCUACCUCAAGGGUCGUAGUCGAGACGAAGCUUUUGUUAUUGGCGACGAAAUCGCGAAAGCCGUCACAGAUAUGAAUCCUAGGCCCAUCAAACUGAAGUUCGAGAAGGUCUACCAUCCUUGUGUUCUACUGGCCAAGAAGCGUUAUGUCGGAUUCAAGUACGAGCACACUUCACAGACCGAACCAGACUUUGACGCCAAAGGCAUAGAGACUGUCCGCAGAGACGGCACGCCGGCCGAGCAAAAGAUUGAAGAGAAAGCGCUGAAACUACUGUUUCGUACUUCUGAUUUAUCCCAGGUCAAAGCUUACUUCCAGUCUCAAUGUCAUAAAAUCAUGACUGGCAAGUUCAGCAUUCAGGAUUUUUGUUUCGCUAGAGAAGUCAAACUGGGCACGUAUUCAGACAAAGGACCUGCUCCUCCUGGCGCACUGAUAGCCACCAAACGUAUGCUCAAGGAUGCUCGUCAAGAACCUCAGUAUGGAGAACGAGUGCCUUAUGUGGUCAUUGCUGGUGGCCCUGGCGCCAGACUGUUCGAACGCUGCGUCGAACCUGAACGCCUACUCUUCGAUGAACACGCCGAACUCGACGCUGAAUACUACAUCAGCAAGAACCUCAUCCCACCACUCGAACGCAUCUUCAAUCUCGUAGGCGCGAACGUACGUUCCUGGUACGAUGAAAUGCCCAAAGUCCAACGUGUACGCAAUAUCGGCGGCGUAGGCACCAACAAAGGCAUCCACAAAACUAUGGAAUCGUAUAUGAGUGUCUCAACCUGUGUGGUCUGCAGAGUCAAACUCUCCCCACCUGCUCCAGGCACCAUUGCACUUCCUCUUUGCGCCAAGUGCGCGGCGACACCUUCGCUUACUUUACUUGCUCUUCGCAACAAGUUACGUUAA